AGAGUACCUUUUCAUCAAGCACGCAAUUCCACUGUUAAACUAAACCAUCAGAAAUCAUGGAAUCAAUGGUGUUAUUCAGAAUAUGCGACUCAACCCGGAUGCGACGAUUUUUUGUGCCUUCCUUCGGAUCCAUGUCAAGUCUUCUUCAGCAAGGAUCAAACAUGCUUGAAAAAAACGUGACUCAAAUACUGACCGAAAAUGAUGGAUGCUGUAUAACGACAGAUUUGGUUCUGAAUUUCCUCAAGGAUAAACUAUUGAUGCUCUUAGGACCGGAUGAAAUGUGGACUCCCGGGGAUACCCAUUUCCCCACGAACGAUGUGUGCAGCGUGCAAUCUGAUAGUAUGGUCGAGGAAUUAAAACCUAUCACACAGCAUAUGUUGGCUAAUCAUCAACCUCUAAUCAUCGAUGCCAGUCCACCGGAUGUUGUCGAACAAACACAGCCGGCCGCCAACCCUUUGAUGAUUUAUCAUCAAACGCAACCAGAAGUCAACUCUUCUUUGGUUUACCAACAAACUGAAUCAGCUACGGGCACCAUAUCGAUUAUUCCGUUUCCAAACAACACUUGUGAUCAACUUCCAGGACCAUCAAGAACCCUUCCGUUGUGCAUUAUGAAUGUAUCUGGUGGUGAUUCUAUCACAGAAUCAGACGAAGAAGAAAUAAAUCAGUCGAAUUCGAUCGACGUUGAACCUGAUCAAAAUGUACAUGAAGAACAAAAUAUUCAAAUAUCUGCGGAGGAUGUAGAGAAUUGCAGUCCAAACAUUGUCCCUAAAAAGAGAGGUCCAGAGAGCGUGACAGUUAUGAGAAGCACUAAGAAGUUUGCAUCAAGUGAGCUGAAGUUCCGGAGCUUCCAAAUAAACUGGAGUAAGAUAAGUGACAACAUUCUUCGUAAUCUACAGGAGUUACAAACUUUUCGUAAUGCUAACCCUGGCAAAUGUGCACCUCGUGCACUGCAACUUACAAAAGCUGAUUGGAGCGGUCUAACGAAUUCCGUAGUAGAUCAACUACGUGCCAUCGAUUAUGAAAUACAAGCAAGUAUCAUGGAGAAAGUUGCAAAAGAUAUUCUUGGCAAGUAUCCGUGUCUAAAUUUUUUGGAUGAUGAUGGGUACGAUACGGGAACAGGCUUCGUUUGGAUAAAACACAAAAUGUUGAACCGGAACUCUUACCUUAAUCGGUUCAAGAAUGACAAACCGGCUCCAACCAAAUCUGAAGUUCGGCAAACUCGUAACGUGCGGGCUGGAACUAAUAAGCAGUAUUGGGAAAAAUCCAGUAAAGAAUGCACUAAAGUUAUCUUCUCAACACUGGUGCGUGAUGAACCUGAUUUAUUGACGGAACAAUUUCUACAAGACUCCCAGUCAUAUGUAAGAUUCCGCUUUGACGAGGAUAAACCACUGAAGGACAUACUGGUAGCCUUUCCUGUUCUGCGAAGAAAGCUGUUAAUAGAUUAUCACUUUGAAAGCGCUACUGGCGUAUCCGCUAGGUCAAUGGAACAAUAUUUCACGGCAAAACGAUCUAAGCUAAUCGAUUAUUCGAAGAUGAAGCAUAAAACCUGUCACUUGGAUACAGCCACAGCCACAGAUAUCGAUAUACUAAGGUUCUUGUGCGGCUUGUUGGGAGAGAGAAGAUUGACGACGUUAUUAUUGAAAAGAGGUAAGAUUAUUUAUUCUACUCAGUUGUCUAAUUGA